UUUUGCGCUACAUGACUUUUUCAGGUCCUUUUCGUGUUCUCACUUUUUAAUCACUUACAUAUAUUUGUGUUCACAUCGUCACUUGGAUUGGGAUUGACGUUAUAUUUUUAGGCUUAUUGGAGGUCUACAGUCUCUCUGUUAAUGCGUGCAUAGGAAUUAUAACUUUGCUUUGUUUGCCAGUAGACUAGUCAGCCAUAGAAAACCAUUUUGCCAUACAUAUAUAUUCGUUGUAAUUGUUUUUAAUGCAGGAAACCUGCGUAGUCUCGCUGAUGAAACGUUGAAAUCCAUAUGGAAAGAGUACGAAUGAUGGUAUUUAAUUAACAACAGAGAUUCUUCGUGAUAAUUGUAAUUCCCAUUUGAAACCAAUUGGCAUUAACAUUUUAAAUGAUCUCGUGAAAACACGGAGAAUUCAGACAUGCAAAUUCUGAAAAUAUCGUCAUGAUGCCAGGUCAUUAAGAAGAUCUUUCACUAAAAAGACCUUAUAGACGUUUCUUGUUAUUCGUAUUUGCUUGAACAACAGACCUUGUUCCGUGGUAAACGAUUGCUGACUGAAGCAAUGGUAGGGUGAGAGAUGCCGCAUAACAAUCACAAGUGUCUUGAAGUUUUCCGACUGGUAGCCCUAGCAUUUGUAAUCUUGCUGGGAAGGCCAUAAAAUUUUGAUGAUCUUUAUACUUUUCAGCAUAAAUGUAUGUUAGUGCACUAGCAGAUCAAAUUAAUACCAAUCAUCAGUAUCCUAGAUGGUCUUUGAGUUUAUUUUUUAGUGGUAGAGUUGUUCUCCAAAUGCGUUUAAAUUUUGAUAUUACUAUCUUAAUAUACACUGUUGUUUGAAGAUAUGCUGCCUUAAAAUGGUCGAGCAUGGAUCAGAUGCGUAAAUGAAGAGGAAGAAACGAUGUCUCAGUUCAUUAAAACGGUACUUAACGUAUAGUGCAGUCAAUUUUAAAAGUUUUUAUCAGCUUUAUGAUAUCUCAAAUCACAUUUUUGUUUAUCCUACUUCUAUUUUUUAAUAAGAUGGAGGCAGAUAAUGAUAUCAAUAACCAUUAUGGUGAUGUAUGUGAUUCUUUUGAUCGGAUGAAUUUGAAAGAAAGUCUUUUGCGUGGAAUUUUCGCCUAUGGAUUUGAGAAACCUUCAGCGAUUCAGCAACGGGCCAUUCUUCCUUCAAUUGAAGGACGUAACGUUAUAGCUCAGGCUCAGUCGGGUACUGGCAAAACAGCAACAUUUAGCAUUGCGAUCUUACAACAAAUUUGCACUACCGAUCCUCGCUGUCAGGCUUUAGUAUUAGCUCCGACUAGAGAAUUAGCAAAACAAAUUCAAAUGGUUGUUUUAGCCCUGGGUGAUUAUAUGGAUAUUACUUGCCAUGUGUGUAUUGGUGGUACACAAGUAUCAGCAGAUAUUGAACAACUACAAAUGGGUCAACAGAUUGUAGUCGGUACACCUGGACGUGUGUUAGAUAUGAUAAAUCGUGGCUAUCUACGUACACAGACAAUCAAAUGUUUUGUACUGGAUGAGGCAGAUGAAAUGCUUAGCUUAGGAUUUAAAGAUCAAAUUCAAGAAAUCUUCCGUUCUCUUGAUCCUGCUGUACAGGUUAUAUUACUAUCUGCAACAAUUCCAAAUGAAGUCCUUGAAAUUACUAGACAUUUUAUGCGAAAUCCUGUACGUAUAUUAUUAAAACAAGAUGAAUUAACAUUGGAGGGUAUACGUCAAUUUUAUGUGAAUGUUGAACAAGAAGAAUGGAAAUUAGAAACACUAUGCGAUCUGUAUCAAACAAUAACAAUAACACAAGCUGUGAUAUUUUGUAAUUCACGUCGAAAAGUUGAAUGGUUAACAAAUGAAUUAAUUGAACGUGAUUUUAUUGUAUCAGCAAUGCAUGGAGAAAUGGAACAAGUGGAACGUGAUAAUAUUAUGGCUGCAUUUCGUAGUGGUUCAAGUCGUAUAUUAAUUUCAACAGAUCUACUAUCACGUGGUAUUGAUGUCCAACAAGUAUCACUUGUUAUCAAUUUUGAUUUGCCUACAAAUUUGGAGAGUUAUAUACAUCGAAUUGGUCGUGGUGGACGUUUUGGUCGUAAGGGUGUUGCUAUCAAUUUUGUAACUUUGGCUGAUCAACGUAUACUUAAAGAUUUAGAAAAUUUCUAUAGUACAAAAAUUAUUGAACUUCCAGUUGAUGUUGCUAAUUUGUUCUAAUUGAUAACACAAUAAUAAUAAUUUAAACAAAACAGGAAUGUGCCAAACACUCAGCAUUGUCAACAUCUUCAAAAACACAAACACACGCAUCGACUGCACAUACACAUAUCUACGUGAGUGCUGAAUAUAUAUUUAAAAAGAAACAACUGGUCAUUUUUCUAUCUCUAUGUGUCUAUCGUCCAUCCUCCCGUUUUUUUUUUAAUUUCCGUGUUGAAUUAAUGGUUGUCUUUAGCUCGGUUUACGAAGAUCGAUGUAUGAUGCACAGAAUAUGGUUUUGUUUUGUGUGAAUGAGUGUUUAUACUUGGUAUUAUUAUAAUUAGUCAUUUUUAGUGUUAAUAGUUAGUGUAAUUCCGUUCCUUACGUAUACUUUUAUUCUCUGUACAAUAUAUUUAAUUUUUCAAAACUUUAUUUAUAUAUAAAUCUGCGAUACUAUACGCCGCCCACUCACUCAACCAUGAUUGAUUUAUUUUUCUGGCCUUUUCUUGAUUGGUUAUUUCACUAAACUGACUGCUCGAAUGAAUUCAUAAUACUGUCAGCUGAUUGGUGGAUGGUUGUACAGCAAAGUGAUGAUGAUUUUGUUGAAUCGGGCUAUAUUUACGCACUUUCCUUUAGCAAUUAUUAUCAUUCUUAUUAAUAUUCAUAUUUGUUAUGAUAUCCAUCGUAUUAUAAUAUACAUAUAUUUUUGAUCAUAGAACUAUCAAGUCAGUCACCAUGAUCCUUACUUUUUAUUCGCAAAUCUGGUAUUUUAGCAAAAAUAUAUUUAAAAAAAGUACUACAUUUUCAUACGUAAUAAUAUUCAGUGUAUUUAUUCCGUCGUUUUAUUUAUUUUUCUGUGUGAUUGUUAUUUUCUUCGAAAGUUAUAAUGUCCUCUACGUGGAUACGACUAAAAAGCAAGUUAGCUGGGCUUUCUUUUUCAACGAAGGCGUGUUUUUUUCCUGACACUUGAUGUUAAUGCACGAGUGGUAAUAUUUUCUUUUUUUUCUAUCUAGUUUUAUAAUUUUUACAGCUAAGUUUACCGUCCUUACUCUACUGUUUCUUUACUUCACCUAGACUGUGCAUCCAACCUUUCUUAUUCGUCAACAUGCAGUGGUUUUCUCUUUUUGUGGUUGGUGAUAUAUGUUGAUGAAGAGGCUGCUAUGUAUUUGUAUUAUUUUUAUUUUGGUCGAUUAUUAUUACUACUUUUGGUUGGCUCCAAUUAUGUAUAAGCAGUAGAAGUAUGAUGCUCCAUUUGUCUUCUUAAUCCGUAGUUUCGAUUGUUAUACACAUGACUGUUUUCUAUCUCUGCAUGCUACUACUACUGCAUAGUAGUAUUGUUCUUUUCCUCUUCUCCUUCUUUGUGCUGUUUUCUUUUACCCACAGUACUACCACU